AUGGAUUUAAUAUCGGCAACAAUUUGGAAUGAAAAUUUUUGGUUACCAAAGAAUGUGACAUGGAAAGGUUUUUCAAAAAUAGAAGAUAACGGUGUUCGUUUACCGUUAUUACACGAUUUGCUUUAUGUUUAUCCGCUUGCCGGUGUACUCUAUAUAGCCAGAUUGAUAUUUGAAAAGUAUAUCGCACAACCAUACGGUCGUUCUUUAGGUAUUCGUGACAUGCAGAGUUCAAAUAAAAGAUGCAUUCAGCAACAACAACAACCUAGUCGUAAAAAAGGGAACAGUAUAGAUAGUGGUCAUGGUGACUUAUCAAAAACAGCAAAUGAAAAUCGAAAAUCUUCAUCCCAAUUAUCUUAUCAUCGAGUAUCACCAUUAGCCAAAUUUAGUGAAUCUUGUUGGCGUUUCGUAUUUUAUUUAUCUGUCUUUAUUUAUGGUAUCAUUGUUCUUCGUAAUAAAUCAUGGGUAUGGGAUACGCGGCACUGUUGGUUAAACCAUCCUAAUCAACAAUUAACAAAAGAUAUAUUUUGGUAUUAUAUGAUUGAGUUAGCAUUCUAUUGGUCAUUAGUUUUUUCACAAUUUAUCGAUGUUAAGCGAAAGAGCGCAAAAAUGGCUAAGUAUGCUCGUGCUCAGCGUGUCUGUGAUACAUUGUUUGUGAUAUUUGCCCUUGUGUGGUUUGUGACGAGAUUGUGUUAUUUUCCGUACAAAGUUCUAUACACAACUAUCUAUGAAGAAGUAGAAAUAUUAGGUUAUUUUCCCGCUUUUUAUCUAUUCAAUGGUUUAUUAAUAUUAUUGCAGUGUCUUCAUUAUUUCUGGUUUUAUCUUAUAUGUCAAGUAGCUAUUGGAGCUUUGAAAGCCGGAAAGGUUGAAAAAGAUCAACGGAGUGAUAGUGAGGACAGUGAUGAUGAAACAUACACAAAAUCCGGUUCACCAUUGCAGCAACAUCACUCAUCUUUAACUAAGAUACAUAACGAUAAUUCAAGUAAAAAAUCAUCUGAAAAUACUUUAUUAAAAACAUCUAACUCAAUGGAUGGAACCAAAAAAAAAAGAUGA